AUGGGAUUCUCGGUCAAUCCGGACAAAUAUAAGGGUCUUGUCAAGGGUUUGAAAACUAUUGUUGCCGAAGAGGGCAGUCGUGCUGUUUGGAAAGGCUGGUUACCAACUUUUUUCGGUUAUUCAGCUCAAGGUGCUUUCAAAUAUGGUCUCUAUGAAAUAUUCAAAGAUCAAUAUGCAAACAUGGUCGGUAAGGACAAUUAUGACAAAUACAAGGGUCUCAUUUGGUGUGCAGCUUCUGCCUCGGCUGAAUUCUUUGCCGAUAUCGCUUUAUGUCCACUGGAGAUGGUCAAGGUCAAAGUACAAACAUCACCCCACGGAACAUUUCCGGUUGCAUUUGGUCCGGCAUGGUCAGAAAUGAAUGCCAAACGAGUCGAUACCGGUUUUCCGUACCGAUCACUCGUACCAUUGUGGUCACGACAAAUCCCAUAUACUGUGGCCAAAUUCUACUUCUUCGAGAAGGUCGUACAAUUGUUCUAUACGUAUGUGUUUACCCAGCCGAAGGACACCUAUUCAAAAACUACUCAACUCGGCGUUACAUUUGCUUCGGGUUACAGUGCCGGUGUGAUCUGUGCCAUUGUCUCACACCCGGCCGAUUCGGUAGUUUCUCUUCUUGGCAAACCUGCCAAUAAAGGCAAGAGCCUAGGACAAAUUAUCAGAGCUGAUCAACCACGAGCUCAAUGGUAUUGGAAAUCAGAUUCUGAUCCAUGGUCAACAAAUGGAAAUGAAGAAUGGAUAAAAUAUUCUGAUAUCGAAUCAGCGAUUAUCGAAGAAGCAUUUAAUCAAAAGAAUAAAACAAAACUAGCUGAACUGGAUAAUUAUUUGAUUAACUUAAACGAUUCCGUUCAAAUCAGUAAAUCGGAUCCAAAUAAACAACGGCAAAUAAAACGGGUUCUAACUAGUACAAAUGAAAGCCAAGACGCUGGAGCGGCUUUACCUCAACUAGCAAAAAUAUCCAAAAAGCCCAAAACUUCGGCAAUACCCUAUUCAUCAUCGACGCGACCAAAAAUGGCGGCUUAG